UUGAGAACGAUAGGUGGAAGUGUAGGUGCGUGUUAACUGUUGCAGCUCCCUGCCCUGCUGAAGCAUCGUCCGUUUGAAGAGUUCUUUUGCAGUUAUUUGGUAAACAAUGAAGGUUCUCUUGCUGAAGGAUCCCAAAGACAAAGACUCAGGACCAGAUCCAUAUAUUAAAGAGUUGGGAUUAUACGGAUUUGAAGCAACUUUGAUUCCAGUUUUGUCAUUUGAAUUCAUAUCUCUUGAAAGCUUAUUUGAAAAGCUCUCUCAUCCAGAAUGUUAUGGAGGCCUAGUUUUUACCAGUCCAAGAGCAUUAGAAGCCAUCAAGAUAUGUUUAAAAGAGAAUAGUAACAAUGACGCCUGGUCAAAAUCUCUUAAACAAAGAUGGAAUACCAAACCAGCUUACGUGGUAGGAAAAGCUACAGCUUCUCUAGUGGAAGAAAUUGGCCUUACUCCACAAGGAGAAAAUUCUGGAAAUGCUGAAAAAUUAGCUGAAUAUAUUUGCUCAAGAGAGAAACCUAAUUCCUCAGCCUUUCUUUUUCCUUGUGGAGCCCUGAAAAGAGAAGUACUUCCUACAGUACUUAGAGAAAAAGGUAUACCUCUGGAAAGCCUUACUGUUUAUCAAACCACCCAACACACUGACCUGCAAGAAUCAUUGAGCAGUUAUUUCUCACAACAGGGAAUUCCAGCAAGCAUCGUGUUCUUCAGUCCAUCUGGUGUCAAAUUUUGCCUCCAGCACAUUCAGAAGCUUUCGGGGGAUUUUAUCAACCAUAUCAAGUUUGCUGCUAUCGAGAGUCCGACUCCCCAAGACCUCGCUGCUGGGAUCCAAAAAACACUUCAGUUACAGAACUGCUGUUUAUCUAAGUAAGAGCACAGCAUGCAUUUGAAGGUGAAUAUGGUGCUGUAGGACGUUUUUCCAUUUUGCAGACCUGUUGUCCUGCAAGAAAGUAUUUUCGAAGAAUAUGCAACACUGUCCUUGUCAGGGCCUGGUGUGAGAAGCUUGCAUCUAAAUAUCUAAGAAAUCUAGAAUUUGUCCAGCAUCUCUUAAAGCAUCUAGCUAUUGCCCUUUUCUCAUGUGUGCAGUGUAAAUAUUUCAUAUGGGCACUCCUUGAAACUAGGUGAGAGGCUAAUCUGCAUCGGAGUGGUAUAUUGAAAUAAGCUCAAUGUAUCACCUCAGGUAUCUCCUAGCAUACAAGGUAAGGUUUUCAUUUCUCUGUAUAAUCAGUUUUACAUGCACAUCUUCUUUUUCUUUUGUCAAAGAAAAGCGUA